GCAUAUCAAGCUGCCAUUGAGCUCGACGCGUCCAAUCCCUCUACCGCACCGGUUUCCUGCCAAAUCUACUCAUACACAGCGCGCAAUCAUCAUGAGCGCGGCAGUUGCGGCGUCUGAGGCCGGCGAUGCCACCUCAUCGAGCUCGCGACGGAAAUCCGGACGCGUAACGAAGAAGCCCGAAAAGUUCACACCCGGCACAAGCCCAACAGGGACCUCGAAGAGAAAGCGCGACGAGGAUAAAGACAGCGGCGUAGACGCAGAUGACGCCACAUCAGAAGAGGAGGAUGAGAGCACCGAAGGCGAACCAGACGAAGAGGAAUUGAGGGAGCUGCGGCGCAAGUCCAAGGGCAAGGGCUCAGCGAAACGACAUGCGCCGAAGAAGGCCAAGACGAACGGGAAGAGCGUGUCAUUGGCUAUGCGCCCCGCCACGAGCGCGCCAAAGAAGUCAAGCAGGCUGCGCAAAGCGCCCAUUCGCAAGAGCAUCCUGGCUGGGGACGAGACGGAAGGGCUCUAUGCGGACGUGUUCGCCAGCGGCGACCGUCUCGAGGAUGUUGCGGCGCGUUGGGUGGCGCGAUUCAACGAGCAUGAGGCGAAAGCAGUCGCCGAGAUCGUCAACUUCGUACUGCGCGCCGCCGGCUGCGGCCUCCGCAUUGAUGAGGACGACAUCGCCGACCCGGAUAACGCGUCGAGUCGCGUAGCAGAGCUCCAGGACGAAUACCAAGCACAAGACGUGACUGAGUACCCGCUCAUCGCGAAGGCAAAGGACGGUGGCGGUCAGGCUUUCAGGCAAGCGCUGCACCGCUUCUUCCUCACACUCGUACAGAGCGUCGCGCGGUCCGGGCUCAUGUAUGAGAACCAGGACUUGCUCGAGAACAUCGCUGUCUGGAUCGGCGCAAUGUCCUCCAGCGCGAAUCGACCAUUCCGUCACACAGCCACAGUCGCAGCGUUAGCAAUCACAACGGCGCUCGCCACGGUGGCUUCAGAGAUCGUCGAGAACACAGCGAAGAAGAUGCGACAGAGCGAGUCUGAAGCAAAGAAGUCUCGAGUCAACAAGGCUCGAGUCUCUGCAGCGAAUCAGGAAGUCGAGGACUACAACGCAAAGCUGGAGUUGGUAGACGGCGCGCUCAACGACUGGUUCAGCCUGGUCUACGUCCACCGAUAUCGUGACGUGGACCAUCACAUUCGAUUGGAUUGCGUCGGCGCGUUGACGGACUGGAUCAUCGCUCAUCCAGACAAGUUCUUCGACGGUAGUCAUCUGCGCUACCUCGGCUGGGUGCUCUCGGAUCCCAACGCUCCCGCGCGAGUUGAAGUGCUGCACCAGCUUGCACGGCUAUUCAAGGACAAGGACAAGCUUGCUGGGCUGAAGACGUUCACAGAACGCUUCCGACCUCGAGUCGUCGAGAUUGCGACACAAGAUGCGGAAAACCACGUGCGCGCAUCAGCAGUCGAUCUGCUAGACAUCCUUCGCGAAGCCGGCUUCCUCGAGCCUGAUGAUAUCGACUCAAUUGGCAAGCUUAUCUUCGAUGCAGACGCGAAGGUCCGCAAGGCGGUUGUUGGCUUCUUUGCCGAGAAUGUCAAUGCGGCCUACGAAGGCGUCGUCGACGACAUGGGCGGACAAGAAGCACUAGACGAAGCGUUAGGGUCGCCAGACGACGAGGAAGAAUAUCAGAAUCCACGACUGGAAUGGCUAAAGCUAAAGUGUCUUGUCGAUCAACUUCUGGCAUACGACGAGGACGAGAACGAGUUACCAACACAGAUCGAGCGCAUCUCACACACAAGCGCUGAGCUAGGGCUAGCUACAGCUGGCGUUGAGUCGCGUUUCUCAUUAGCUGCUCAGGCGUUGUACGAGGCCAUCCCUGAGAUAAGAUCCUGGGAAGUGCUGGCAGGCUACCUGCUCUACGACCACACUCAGACGGCACAGAAUGGUGGUGAUGAUGCUGAGGCUAUGCUUCGACAAAAUUGCCAGCUUGAGGAGAAGCACGAGACUGCCCUACUCGACAUCCUUAACGCAGUCGUUCGUCUCCGGCUGCAGCGCCUCGCUGAAGCUCAGACAGACAGGAGGAGGACAAAAGCUCAACGCGAAAGUGACCAGGAAGAACAGGCAGAGAUGGCAAGAAAGCUCACAUUGCUUAUUCCUGACCUGCUGAAGAAGUUCGGUGCGCUGCCAGAGGCUGCGGCACUGUGCCUUCGUCUCGAGCGUGAGCUGAGCUUAGAUGUCUUCGAAGAGCUGCGACAGAACACAGCAUUGACCGCGUUGCUCGACGACAUCAACAAACAGUUCUUGACACAUCAUAAUGAGCUUGUCUUGAUCGAAGCCGUGGGAUCAAUGUUGCAUGCUCAGGAGAACGAAGAACUCAAGGAGAUCAUUCACCACAAGAUCCAAGCGCUCUGGGACGAUCUCAUCAAUACAUUUGACGCAUUACGGCGUGGCAAAGACUUUGCGACACGUGGCAAUCUCGAGCAAAAUAUCCUUGUCGGUGUCUCGAACAUCGUCCUAAAGAUCAGUCAACUCAGCAAGGUAUCAAACGCAGCCGUUCUCGAGCAUAUUGUUGCGCCUGCAAACUCGAGAGGCAAGUCAAAGAAGGCUGCGUUAGACUCACCACCCAUCACAUCUAUACUACAGAUCUUGGAUCGUGGCAUCACAUCAGACGAUCUCGACGCAGAGGCGAACGAAGCAGAAGACUUACUCGUCCGCCACGCUAUCUCGGUACUGCUCACUUACUUCGUGUGGAAGUGCAAAGAAUGCAUGGACCAUAUCGAAGCAGCCACCACAAUGCCGGAUGACGACCUCACAGCUCUUGUCGAGCGACGAGAUGCAUGUGUGACAUCGCUCAUGGCUAUUAUCGAGAACCGCAAGGGCGCUGAUGAGGUCCGUCUUGAAGCUGCAAACCUCAUCCUCGACAUCUACAACAUGUUUCGUUCGCUGAAGGUCAAGAAGGCGCAACUCAAGCAGCGCACGCCCAAGAAGCCGCAGAGCCGCGCUUCAAGAGGUGGUGGCGACGACGCCAGCGAUGACUGGGAAGCUUUGGUCCAAGAGAUCGACACAUCCACCAUCAAGCUGCUCAUGCAAAUCCUGACAGCCCAAGAAAACAACCUCGCUAAACUCGCGAACAAGCGCCUCGAAGAGCCAGAUGUCGACGACGACCCCAUCGACCCAGACGACGAGCCUGAGUCUGACGAAGACUCCGAAAACACGCGCACACAAGAAGACAAACAAGUCCGCCUUCUCAUCGCCGAAGAGCGCCUCUGCCAAUACGGUGGUCGCAUUGUCCAAGCAUACCUGGUUGGUAGUCUAGGCACCGACGGUAGCGAGGCCGUGAAGAGUCGUUUAGAGCGCAAUAAAGCGAAGCUAACAACGACAUGGAAAGAAGUCGUCGGCCAUCUUGAUGCACAGAAGUUCAUCAAGAAGCCGAAAAAGGCUCCCGCUAAACCUCCUUCGAAGGCGGGGAAGAGCAAGGAAAUUGUCGUCGAAAGCGACGAGGAAGAGGAGAAUGAGGUUCCAGGGGACGAGAUUGAGGAUGAGGAGAUGGCUGAUGCGGAUGUCGAGCAAGUCAAUGGUGAUGCUGACGAACCCGCGGCAGAGAGGGAGGUUGAUGAGGAGAGCCUCCUGGGUGACUAGGCGCCAUCGAGCGGUCCACUACGAUCGAGGUGGAUUCGUUGUACUAUCUUGCGUCUUUUCCAUGGUCGCGUAGCUUCUCGGGGCACACGACGGGCUGAGCGUUCACGCUGGCGCUGCGGCAUUGUUUCCAGCGAGCGCUGUAGGCGUUUGUUUCAUGUAUGAUCACAAUCCAGAUGCUUCGCUUCAUUCCUGCGCCCACUUCUGGUCAGUGUGGAUACAUUACGUACUUGUUGUCAAUCAAAGGAACGGGGACUGCUCAUGUGACCGGGAACGGCGCUUGCUUUAAGCCCGUUCUCAACGGAAGUAUCAGGCCGGCCUUCUCUCAUCACCUCGUAUCGCAGCGAGGCUGAAACAGGCGCCGAUCCCAUUCUUCUGGUACGAAUGUAUAUUAAAGCAUCACUUUUCGAAAUUUUGCACUCAGC